AUGUCUACAUCUGAUCAUCCAGAGUCAGAUGGUCAGACGGAACGUGCCAAUCGUGUCCUUGAAGAGAUACUUCGAGGAUACGUACACUCCUUUAAGAGUUGGAGUGAGUUUUUGCCGAUGGUAGAGUUUGCCAUCAACAACUCGGUGCAUGCGUCCACGACACAUACACCGUUUUACGUGAAUGGCUUGCGCCAUCCGCGUGUACCCACCUUGCUAGAGUGUGACUCUGUUUCAAGGGGGGGAGGGACUCGCGCGAGCAAAAACCGAAUUGGCUCACGCUCAUCACGCUCUGACGAUGAGGUCAUUGCGUUUGAUGCCGAUAUCGACAACAUCGAUAUCGAAGAAGAUGAUGCCAGUGAGAGUGCGGAAGCCCUCACUGAAGAAAAGAUUGUUGUCGCUGCAGUGCGCUCACAGCGCACUGAAGCUAACGAGCCAGCAGAUGAGUUCAUACUGGCUCGUGAAACGGUAGUCUGUUUUGUGCAAGACUCCAUCGCCGAAGCGGUGGAUAAGCAAAAGCAAAACGCUGACAAGAAUGAAAUGGCAAACACUCUUUUAUUUAAUAAAGGUGAAUUAAUCCUACUGUCUACGGUUAAUCUACCACGACAUGUAGUGACUAACUUGGGUAGUUGUAAACAUCUACCCAAGUACAUCGGCCCGUUUCGUGUAUUGCACCGCCUAGGCAAUGCAUACACGAUCGAGUUACCACGUAAGAUGCGAACGCAUCCCACGUUUUACGUUGGUCGGCUUAAGCCGUACCAUCAGUACGCUGCUUCUUCCGAUGAAGAACGCCCUUGCGCUCAAGCAUCUCGCAGAGAGCCUUGUGCUCCCGAUGGUGGGCAUCAAAAAGGGUCUGAAGAGCAGCUAUCUCAUCCCGAGACCGAUCAACAUCCCCACGAGCUACCCUUAGAUCGUCACGAAGAGAUGUCAGAGCUCUCUCGUUCUCAAGCUGAGCAAGGCGAACUCAGCUCGAUGCUUCGAGGCAGUGCCCGCCAGUUGAAGACGCCUAUUCCGCUCAUGUUCGAGAUCGCCGCGUAA